AUGGGAUUCGAUGAGGCUGGAGAACGAAUGAUCGAGAUAAAACGAUGUUUCGUAGCUCCGCCACACUCACCACAGGUUACUCUCACUGCUACGACUACUAACUCACUGACCAUGAAACUGAGGCCUCAUCCUACCGAUAACGCUCCGAUUCAUGGAUACACUAUUCACUACAAGCCUGAAUUUGGCGACUGGGAAACUGCUCAAAUCAGCUCCACGGCUCAGAAAUACACUCUGGAGAAUCUGUGGUGUGGCUCGAGAUACCAGAUCUACGUUACAGCAUACAACGGAAUUGGAACUGGCGAUCCCUCCGACAUGCUCAACACUCGCACCAAGGGCUCGAAACCGAUCAUCCCCGAAGCUGCUAGAUUCAUCGAAGUCUCCACGAACAGUAUCACCCUACAUUUGAGCGCUUGGUCUGAUGGUGGCUGCCCGAUGCUCUACUUCGUCGUCGAACAUAAGAAGAAGUAA